AUGGAUUCAGAUCAACCCCAUAAUGAUACAUUAUGGGCAACAAAUAGACUACUAUCAGAUUUAGAACGGAAAUUGUCAAUAGUAUCUAAUACAUCUUCGUCAUCAAACCAAACCCAACAGUCGCAUGCCUCAUCAGUAAUAGUUGAUAGAAAUUUUUCAGGCAUAGGAAAACAAAAUAUACAAUCCAGUGUACUUCAGUAUAUCAAGGCAAAUGAGGAGGAAUUCAAUCCCAAUGAGUUAUUCGAAGAAAGACAGCAAAAAUUUUUAACGAAGCUUGGCAGGACCUAUAAUGAUGAUAAAUAUGCAUCAGCAAAUAGCCAGAAAGGCUACGUUACUAAUUUUGAUUCCAAAAAAGACAAUUUUUAUGAAAAUAAUGGAGAUAUACCUAAUGGAAAAGGAGAAUGUAAUAUUCAAAACUCGGAGGAAAACGAAGAUCAAUCGCAGCAUGAGUCUCGCUUUAAUGCUACACCAGAAAUGAACUAUGAUGAUGAAGACGAUACAUACGUUGAUGAAGGUGAUGGUAAUGAAAAAAUGUUUUUUGAUGAUGAUGAUGACUUAUUGCUUUCACCUGAACCUCCUAGAUCGCCUCCAAGAGAAAUUGAUCCUGAUAAAGUAUACGGGUUAUAUGAUUUUUCAGGGCCCGACCCUCUGCAUUGUAUAUUGUCGAGAGACGAACCUGUUUAUUUGCUUAACGAUGAAGACAACUAUUGGUGUUUAAUCAAAAAACUUUCUAAAGAAGAAAGGAUCGCAGUUAUCUCUCAGAGACUGAAUGGAAGCGAAGAAGUUCCUAAAGAUCCCUUCGGGGACGAAGAAUAUGGAAAAAUUGGAUUCGUUCCUGCUGAAUGUCUUGAAACAUACGGAGAAAGGCUUGCUAGACUCAAUUGUUUUAAAAAUGAAGAACUAGAAAAGCUAUCUAGAGAAAAUCUCAAUAAUGAUGACUCUAUUCAAAUUUUAGAGAAUGAUCCUUCAGCUUUGGAAAAUAAUUCAGCAGAAUCAAAUUUGUCACAUGAAAUCAUCCCAUCUACUAAUUUAAUAAGAAGAAAUACCAAGACAAAUAAAUCUGUCACCUUCGAGGAUUUAGGAAUAUUAGAUUUCUAUGAUCAAGAAGAUGAUAAUGUUAAUAAGGAAGAAUUUGGCCAACAUCUAUUGACAAUUUCUCAUGAUGAGUUACAAUCAUUAUCUUUACCCCGAAAUGAUGAAGACAAAACUUCAGAAGUAUUAAGUGAUGUAUAUCCCAACGAGAUGCCAUUAGUUAUUAACAAAAACAACGAUAAGAGAGGGUUAAAAAGUAAUAAAUCAAGAGGCAAGGCAACGUUAAUUGAUCAUCAGCAUAAAAUAGAAACACAAUCAAUCGUUACCCAUUCGCCGGAAAUAAUUGAAAUUCUGGAUGGUGAUGACGAUGCCGAAACAAGCCAUACCAUUCUUAUAGACAGAGAGAUUUCUGAAAAUAAAACUGGUUUCAAUAGAAAUAAUAGCAAUAACGUACAUAGUAGUGAUGAUGUUCGUGAAGCAGCAGGAUCCGACAAUGCCGAUGACCAUAAUGCUGAUGAGGACGAAGUGGAAGAAAUAAUAUUUAACAAUCCGUACAAAGAAUUUAUGAAACCACCCAUUUUUAAUGAAAAUCAGCAGGAUAAUUCGUCGAUUGGAUCAUUUUCUCCAGAUACUCCACCUCAAAGAAAAAAAUUCUCGUCUUCUAAUCUUGGAUUAGAUGAGCAAGCCUUUGAUGAUGAAGCUGACAUGUCAUCAAUUAGGAGAUCUAAUGUUUUGGAUAGGCUUAAUAAAAUAACCUCUGAUAUCCAAGAGCAGCUAAAUUUGAACGGUUUCGAUUAUGAGUCUUAUAGUAAUGAUAAUGAUUUCUUACAGAAUCUUAAAAGCUCGAGCAUCUCUUCAGAUCUGAAAAAUUUAAAUAAGAAUGUGGAAGAUGAAGAUGAAGAUGAAGAUGAAUACGAUUUUGAUGAUUACGACGGUUAUGAUGAUUACGAUGAUGAUUAUUACUAUCGUAACGAAAGCGAACAAGAUGAGCAGAGAGAUUCUGAUGGUAUUGGUAUAAUAACACCUUUAACAAGCUCUAACUCUUUAACUAAUGGCAUAUUACCUUCUCAAACAGACAUUACUGAUAAGAGAAAAUCAAAACCUGUUCAUGAAAUGUUUAUGCCAGUUCUCGGGAAAUUUGAUCUGCUUGCUGAAAAAUUGGCCAGAUUAGAUGAAUUGGUAUAG